CAAGCUCUCGUCCUCCCUACUCGGAGGGAAAAGAGAAGCGACACAGUAGCGUCUUCUUGCGCCGCGGAGGUGCGCAGGCGCAGUGGCCCAACCGGGGACUUUGUUCUCCGCGGAGAAACCCAAGGGCGGUGCCGGUGACCGGAUGCGCAUGCGCGUCGCUUCAUUUCCGGUGCUCGCUCGCUGGGUCGCCCAGGUCGGCUUCGGUAGCUGUCGCGUUUGCUCUCCCACCCCCGCCAACCGCCGCUAGGGCCUCUGCCGCUGCCGUGUGGCUUCCUCGCUUGUUUGCUCGCCCAUCAUCGCCGAUGCAGCGCCGGGACGACCCUGCCGCGCGCAUGACCCGGUCCUCAGGCCGCAGCGGCUCCAUGGACCCCUCAGGUGCCCACCCCUCGGUGCGUCAGACGCCUUCCCGGCCGCCGCCGCUGCCUCAUCGGUCCCGAGGAGGCGGAGGGGGGCCCCGCGGGGGCGCCCGGGCCUCUCCGGCCACGCAGCCACCACCGUUGCUGCCUCCGUCGGCCACAGGUCCCGACGCGACAGUGGGCGGUCCAGCGCCGACCCCGCUGCUGCCCCCUUCAGCCACAGCCUCGGUCAAGAUGGAACCGGAGAACAAGUAUCUGCCAGAACUCAUGGCCGAGAAGGACUCCCUCGACCCGUCCUUCACUCACGCCAUGCAGCUGCUGACGGCAGAAAUUGAGAAGAUCCAGAAAGGUGAUUCAAAAAAAGAUGAUGAAGAGAAUUACUUGGAUUUAUUUUCUCAUAAGAAUAUGAAGCUGAAAGAACGGGUACUGAUACCUGUCAAGCAGUAUCCAAAGGAUAUGAUGGAUGAUAUCUGCCAGGAACAAUUUCUAGAGCUAUCAUACUUAAAUGGAGUACCUGAGCCCUCUCGUGGACGUGGGGUGCCAGUCAGAGGCCGGGGAGCUGCACCUCCCCCUCCACCUGUUCCCAGGGGCCGUGGUGUUGGACCACCUCGGGGGGCUUUGGUGCGUGGAACCCCAGUGAGAGGCGCCAUUACCAGAGGUGCCACUGUGACUAGAGGAGUGCCACCCCCACCUACAGUGAGGGGGGCUCCAGCACCAAGAGCACGGACUGCAGGCAUCCAGAGAAUACCUUUGCCUCCACCUCCUGCGCCAGAAACAUAUGAAGAAUAUGGAUAUGAUGAUACAUACGCAGAACAGAGUUAUGAAGGCUACGAAGGCUAUUACAGCCAGAGCCAAGGGGAUUCAGAAUAUUAUGACUAUGGACAUGGGGAGGUUCAGGAUUCUUAUGAAGCCUACGGCCAAGAUGACUGGAAUGGAACCAGGCCAUCACUGAAGGCCCCUCCAGCUAGGCCAGUAAAGGGAGCAUACAGAGAACAUCCUUAUGGACGUUAUUAAAAACAAACAGGAGGGGAAAAUAUCAAUUAUGAGCAAAGUUGUUACUGAUUUCUUGUAUCUCCCAGGAUUCCUGUUGCUUUACCCACAACAGACAAGUAAUUGUCUAAGUGUUUUUCUUCGUGGUCCCCUUCUUCCCACCUUCCUCCAUUCUUAACUCUGCAUUCUGGCUUCUGUAUGUAGUAUUUUAAAAUGAGUUAAAAUAGAUUUAGAAAUAUCGAAUUAAUUUUUUAAGUGUGUAGAUGCUUUUUUCCU